ACAAUAUUAUCUUGUACAGUAAUACAUAAAUCAUAGAAUCUACUCUAUACAAUGUAAUAGUCUAUAAUGAACAUAGUAUUAUUAUUAAAGAAUAGAGAUCAUCAACCAUCGUUAAAAAAUUUGUCAUUCGUGUGAUUAGUAAAAUAGUAGAAUUAUUAGAGGUGUACAACAGAGAAAUAAUAAUCAUUAAGAAGUAAAUAUUAUUCCAAUUCCCAAAUUUAGAUUUUGCGUUUACAUUUGGGUUAUUCGAAUAAUUUUACUCGUAAUCCUAGACAAUUCAAAUCUAGAAUAAUUUGAACAAUCCACUUGUAGAUAUUAUACAUUUAUUUUUGUUUAUGAUUGAUUAUGGCGUUGUGUGUGGCUGUAGUCAGCAAAGAGAACGCACCAAAAUAUGUAACUUCACUGAACCCAGAAGAUGAACUACAAAUUCAGUAUGAAAUACAUUCAUCAAUUGACUUUGUUGAAGAAAAAUUGAAAACUGGUAAAAAGGAUAUGCGAGAUUUAUAUUUAGGACUAUUGUACUCUACAGAAGAUCAUAAAGUUUAUGGAUAUGUGACAAAUACUAAAGUAAAGUUUUUUGUUGUGAUAGAUUCUAGCAACUUGUUAUUAAGAGAUAAUGAAAUACGUUUUAUGUUUCGAAAAUUACAUACUGCUUAUACCGAUUUAAUGUGUAAUCCAUUUUACAUCCCUGGAGAUUAUAUUACAUCUGAGAAUUUCAACAAAGUUGCCAGAGGUAUAUUAACUGGAAACUCAUAAGUAAAUAAAUCAUUUUAAUUGAUUUAUAAUUUAUUCUUAAUAAUUAAUAAAUUAUGUUUGGUACUUAUGAAGUUAUGAAUAAUAAACAUUUUUUAAAUUGAAAUAAUGUACGAAUAUUUAUUUUAUAAUGCAACUUUAUUUUUAUUUUUUACUUAAUAAAUAUAUAUCUUAUAGUUGUUAAUAUAGUUUUACGUAAUUGUUUUGUUUUUAUUCGUAUAUAUUUUAGAAUAAAAAUAAUUUAAAAAUUAAAUUCUUAAUUUCUUAA